GAGAUAGUGGGAUCCUUCUUCCCAACAGCACGGAGUGCCAAGUGCAUUGGCUGAGAAUUGGGUUGAAGAAGAUUCACUCUACUAGCUUCAGCUUCCAAAAUCCAAACUUUUUGCAAUGGGGAGCAAAAGAAGUGCCAAAACAAAAACUUCCUUGAUCCUUGUCUUUGUCAUAGCGUUUUGUACCGUCGUCCCUGUCUUCGCUCGUCUUCCUUCUCCCUUCUCUCACCACCAUGGUAAUCGUUCUCAGCCCAAGAAGAAUGUCAGCAGGAAGUUUGAGAUCAGCGAUGAUAUGUUUUGGAAAGAUGGUCAUCCCUUCCAGAUCAUUGGUGGUGACUUGCACUAUUUUCGGGUGCUUCCCCAGUACUGGGAAGAUAGACUGUUAAAAGCUAAGGCAUUGGGAUUAAAUACCAUUCAGACAUAUGUUCCUUGGAAUCUGCAUGAACCGAAACCUGGAGAGCUUGAUUUUGAGGGCAUUGCCAACAUUGAAGCAUUCCUCAAACUUUGUGACAAACUUGGUUUGCUUGUGAUGCUUCGAGCUGGACCUUACAUAUGUGCAGAAUGGGAUUUAGGUGGUUUCCCUGCUUGGUUACUCGCUAUGAAUCCAUCUCCAAAGCUAAGAUCAUCUGAUUCUACUUUUCUUAAACUGGUUGAUGGAUGGUGGGGCAAUCUGCUUCCAAAAUUAGUCCCUUUCCUUUAUGACAACGGAGGCCCUAUUAUAAUGGUUCAAAUUGAAAAUGAGUAUGGUUCAUAUGGAAAUGACAAAGCGUAUCUCCAUCACCUGGUCAAUUUGGCUAGAGGUCAUCUCGCGCAUGAUGUUAUUUUAUACACUACAGAUGGAGGAUCUAGGGAACAUCUUGAGAAAGGAACUAUUCGUGGGGAUGCUGUCUUUUCAGCUGUUGACUUCAGUACUGGAGAUGACCCUUGGCCUAUAUUCAAGCUGCAGAAGGAGUUCAAUGCCCCUGGAAAAUCACCGCCACUCUCAGCUGAAUUCUAUACCGGAUGGCUUACGCACUGGGGAGAGAGCAUUGCUGCAACUGAUGCUGAUUUUACAGCUGCCGCCCUAGAAAAUAUUUUGCAAAAGAAUGGUUCUGCAGUUCUCUAUAUGGCACAUGGAGGGACAAACUUUGGAUUCUAUAAUGGGGCAAAUACUGGUCAAGAUGAGGCUGACUACAAGGCUGACAUCACUUCUUAUGAUUAUGAUGCACCAAUCAGAGAAUCUGGAGAUGUGAACAAUGCAAAGUUCAAUGCUCUUCGGAAAGUCAUAGCGCAAUAUAGUUCGGCCCCACUUCCAUCAGUUCCCCCUGAUAAUGGAAAGGCCGGAUAUGGACCGAUUCACUUACAGAAAAAAGCUUCCUUGUUUGAUAUGUUUGAUCUGGCCAAUCCCACCAAUGUGAUUGAGUCCCAAAACCCAUUGUCAAUGGAGUCACUGGGCCAGAUGUUCGGGUUUUUGUUAUAUAUGUCCAAAUACACUUCUAAGGGAGGCAGAAACAAUUUAUCCAUACCUAAGGUGCAUGACCGAGCUCAAGUAUUUAUCUCGUGUCCUUCCAAAGAAAGUGGUGCACGGCCAACUUAUGUUGGUACCUUGGAAAGACGGCUGAAUGACAACCUCAGCCUUCCUGAAACCAAGUGUUUUUCUGACAUCAAUUUAUAUAUACUGGUUGAAAACAUGGGUCAUAUCAAUUAUGGUCCUUUCAUCUUUGACAGAAAGGGCAUUCUGUCUUCUGUUUAUCUUGAUGGGGAAACCUUACACGGUUGGAAAAUGCUCCCUAUUCCUUUUCACAACCUGAAUGAAUUUCCAACUUUCAAUCCGAUUGCACAGGCUUCUUCUUCGACAUUCAGUAAAAUGUUGAUGCGUCGCAAGAAGUUAAUAUACGAGUCUGAGAAUACUUCACUUGUACCUGCAAUCUACAUUGGCCAUUUCUCAAUUGAUACAUCAAAACUCAUCAAGGAUACAUUCCUAUCAUUCAACAACUGGGGGAAAGGCAUUGCAUUUGUUAAUGAAUUUAAUUUAGGGAGAUAUUGGCCGUUGAGAGGACCUCAGUGCAACCUCUACGUUCCAGCUCCACUCCUUAAGGAAGGGGAUAAUACCCUGGUUAUUCUUGAGUUGGAAUCUCCAAACCCUGAACUUGUGGUACACUCGGUCAAUGAGCCAGACUUCACCUGUCGCUCAACCCUCAAGUCGAAGGAAAGAACCAACAUGGGUCCCAAGUCGAUGUGAAGGAAUUAUUUAGUUCAGAUAAACAAAUAUCACAUUGGAUAAGCUGGAAUUUUGUGCGUAAUAAAUGGAGGAUAAUAUCAUUGAAAAGGAUCCUAAUUCUUCCAUUGUUAUAUUGUUGCACACAAUAGUAUAUAUGAUUAUGAGCUCCUGAAACAACGGUGUAAUAUACUCUUUAUAUAAUAACAACGUAUAUUUCUGAUU